GGAGAAGGGGGAGAAGGAGGAGAAGGGGGAGAGGAAACAGGAGAGUGAAGAUGUGAAAAGGGCCCUGGCAAAGCCCAAAGUGAACUGGAGAGAGUGGGUGAUUGACCCAUCAGAGGAGUUUUAUUAUGGAUGGCUUCAGGUCAUGAUCGUUCCUGUCUUCUACAACUGGGUCAUCCUCAUCUGCAGGACGUGCUUCAAGGAGAUAGAUCAACAAUACCUGACAUUGUGGCUUACACUUGACUACCUAUCUGACCUUUUAUAUGUGGCAGAUACCUUCAUCAAAUUUCACACUGGCUACCUGGAGCAGGGCAUCCUGGUGAGGGACAGGGCCCGUCUACAAAAGCGCUACCUCCACUCCUCGCGCUUCCGGUGGGACCUGGCGUCCCUGUUGCCCACAGACCUCCUCUACCUGUGGGUCGGCAUUCACCAGCCCCUGGUGCGAGUCAACCGCUUCCUGCGCACCUCCCGCGUCAAUGAAGCUGUGGACCGCAUAGAGACCCGCACCUCCUACCCCAACGUCUUCCGCAUCUCCAAGCUCAUGCUCUACAUCUUCGUGCUCCUCCACUGGAACGCCUGCCUCUACUUCGCCCUGUCCCGCUACAUCGGUUUCGGGUCGGACCACUGGGUCUACCCGGACACCUCGGACCCGGAGUUUGCCGCGGUGAGGCGCCAGUACUACUACUGCUUCUGGUUCUCCGUGCUGAUCUUGACCACGGUGGGCGACACGCCGCAACCCACGUGCGAAGAGGAGUUCCUGUUCAUGAUUGCAGACCUGCUGAUUGCCGUGCUGGUGUUUGCCUAUGUUGUGGGGGACGUGGGGAACGUCAUCACCAACCUCAGGGACAGGGACAACGUCUUCUUUCCAAACCAUGAGCUGGUCAAGAGCUAUCUGCGCAACAGGUACAUCAGCAAGGAGCUGCGUAAACGUGUGAACGACUGGUACCAGCACUUGUAUAUCAACCGUAAGAUAACGCGGGAGAACGAGAUCCUGCGGCAGCUUCCCGUUCAACUGCAGACAGAGAUCGCUGUGAGCGUGCACCUGCCCACUCUUUCCAAAGUCACCAUCUUCCAGAACUGUGAGACCAGCUUGCUGGAGGAGCUGGUUCUCAAACUCACCCCACAGGUGUACAGCCCUGGGGAAUAUGUCUGCAGGAAGGGGGAUGUAGGACACGAGAUGUACAUCAUCAAGGAGGGAAAACUGGCUGUGGUGGCCGACGACGGGGUCACCGAGUACGCUGUGCUUAGUGACGGCAAUUUCUUUGGCGAGAUCAGCAUCCUCAACAUCAAAGGGAACAAAUCAGGCAACCGUCGGACAGCCAACAUACGCAGCAUCGGCCACUCCGACCUGUUCAGCCUGUCCAAGGAGGACCUGACGAAUGUGCUGUCCGAGUUCCCGGCCGCUAAGAGACACCUGGAGGAGAAGGGCCGUCAGAUCCUCACUAAGAUGGGCAUGCUGGUGGAGGCCGUGUCGGGCGAGGAGGAACAGGAGCGGAUGCAGGCCAAGGUGGAGAGGCUGGAGGGUUGCCUGAACGCCCUGCAAACCAAGCUGGCUCGUCUGAUGGCCGAGCUGGAGUCCAGCAAUCACAAGCUCCUGGCCAGAGUGGGGCAACUGGAAUUUGAGAUGGAAGGCUGGACAGACUCCAUGUCUGAGGAGGAGGUAAGCAGUUACUGA